CGAGCAGCACAGAGGAGGAGGAGGAUAGUGGAGUGAUUCGUGCGAGCUCCAUCCGUUCAUAGAACCAGCGUCCCCCUUACCCCCACCCCUGUGUUCGCGCCGGAGCGGUUUUAAUCACGGAGCCGCUCGGGCUGUGACUCGCGUGCAACUGACGCGCGUGACUUACGACGCGGCAGCUUCCGAGGAGCACUUGAAGGCAACAUCUCGCACCAGUCAGGCAGCCCGCCUCACUCGCAGGAGGAAGACGAGGCAGAAGGAUGGAGCGGGAUACGUCUCCCCUGUUUUGUGACUAAAGGGAUUUUUCCCAUUUUUUUAAAAAUCCCGGUGGACAACUUGAACACCUCACAGCAAGACUGAUCAUUUUACUCUUUUUUUUUUUUUUUUUGGCCCAGGAAAGAGUGAGGCUGAAUCUUUUUGUGAGACAGCAGGGAUCAGGAUGCAACAAUUCCAGCAUCCGCACUCUAGGAGAAAAGAGUAAGAGAAGCUGUGAGAGGCUGAAAACAGGGGGGGAAAGGAUCUAUUCAUUCUUUUUGAGGGAAAGAAGGGGGAAUACUAACCAUCCAGGGAGCUCGGAUGCAUCCCAGUGGAGGAAAAAUGUGGAUUUGACACAUCAAGUCUUCCUCAACAUUGAUGGCUGAUUUAGAAGUCACUUCUCCUCUCGCCGUCGAGCGCCAUUUGAUGGAUUUAUUUAGUCUAUGUUAGACGGAGGAGGAGGAGGAAGGAGAAAACUCAAGCACCCCCUACCCUCACCCUCAUCCUCUCUCCCUCCCUCCCCCCUCUCCUCCCUUCCCGUGUUCUGGAUGUGAAGCAGCAUGCGGCCCGGUGAGAGCUCAGAGGGCUCGCGCUCACCUCGCCGCGGAGGAUGCGUCGGAGCCCGCAGUAGCGGCACGGAACGCCGUCUGACGGGAGAAGGAGGAGGACGGCGACAGAUGAGCAUGACGGUCGGAGUGAUGACGGCGCGUCGUCUCCUGUGGAUCGUCGUCCUCGGCUCGCUCUGCACGCACGCGCAAGGUUUUAUCUACACUUGCGGCGGCACCCUGAAGGGCCGAAACGGCAGCAUCGAGUCACCGGGGUUCCCCUACGGCUACCCCAACGGGGCCAACUGCACCUGGGUCAUCGUGGGGGAGGAAGGUAGUCGCAUCCAGCUCAUCUUCUUGUCCUUUGCCAUCGAAGAGGAGUACGACUUUUUGUCCUUGUAUGACGGACACCCUCACCCGGCCAACUUCAGAACCAGACUAACUGGAUUCCAGAUGCCUCCUCCGGUCACAAGCACUGGGAAUGUUUUCUCUCUGAGACUGACGAGCGACUUUGCCGUCUCCGCACACGGCUUCAAGCUCACCUACGAAGAGCUUCACAGUACAUCCUGCGGGAACCCCGGCGUCCCCCCCAAAGCAGUGCUAAGCAGCGGCGGACGCUUCGCCGUGGGGGAAAGCGUGCGCUAUAGCUGCGUGUCCGGCUACGUACUGGACGGGCACGCCACGCUUACCUGCGUGCUCAAUGCCGGGAACACGGCCGUGUGGGACUUCCCCGCGCCCGUCUGUCGAGCUGAGGACACAUGUGGGGGCACUGUGCGGGGCGGCAGUGGGGUGGUGACCAGUCCCGGUUACCCCGGCAACUAUGGUAACCAGGCCGACUGUACUUGGAUCCUAUUGGCCGAACCCGGAGACACCAUCUCUGUCGUCUUUACAGACUUCCACACUGAGGAGAAGUAUGACUAUCUGGAGGUGGAAGGAUCUGAGCCCCCGACCAUCUGGUUGUCGGGAACCAAUGUGCCAUCGCCGAUUGUUAGUAAUAAAAACUGGCUUAGGCUACAUUUUGUCACCGAUAACAACCACCGAUACCGCGGUUUCAGCGCACACUAUCAAGUGAAGCGCUCAGUAGAUUUUAAGUCGCGGGGCGUUAAAUUGUUCCCUGGCAAAGACUCCGGCGGCAAGUUUUCAAUCUUAAAUGAAGGUGGCGUGCGACAGGCGUCCAAUUCCUGUCCCGACCCGGGUGAGCCAGAGAACGGAAAACGCCAUGGCAAUGACUUCAGCAUUGGAAGUGUGGUGCAGUUCAGCUGCGAUGAAGACUACGUCCUCCAAGGUAGCAAAAGCAUCAGCUGUCAGCGAGUGGCUGAAGUUUUUGCAGCAUGGAGUGACCACAGGCCCGUCUGCAAAGUCAAGACAUGCGGUAGUAAUCUCCAGGGACCGUCGGGGACCUUUACAUCACCCAACUUCCCCAUUCAGUAUGAGAGCAAUGCGCAGUGUGUUUGGAUAAUCACCGCAUCGAACCCGAAUAAGGUCAUUCAGAUUAACUUUGAGGAGUUUGAUUUGGAGAUCGCUUAUGACACGCUGACCAUCGGAGAUGGAGGAGAAGUGGGUGAUCCAACCACCAUCUUGCAGGUUCUGUCUGGCAGCUUUGUCCCCGACCUGAUUGUCAGCAUGACCCACCAGAUGUGGCUCCACUUGCAAUCUGAUGAGAGUGUUGGAUCCAUUGGUUUUAAGAUCAACUACAAAGAAAUCGACAAGGAGAGCUGCGGCGAUCCCGGGACGCCUCUCUACGGAAUCAGGGAAGGCGAAAGCUUCCUAAAUGGCGGCAUCCUGCGCUUUGAGUGCCAGUUUGGGUUCGAGCUGAUCGGCGAGAAAAGCAUCUCCUGCCAGGACAACAACCAGUGGUCGGCAAACAUCCCUAUAUGCAUUUUCCCUUGCAUGUCCAACUUCACAGCUCCCUCCGGAACAGUCCUCUCGCCCGACUACCCGGAAGGCUACGGCAACAACAUGAACUGCGUGUGGCUUAUCCAGUCCGAGCCGGGCUCGCGCAUCCACUUGGCAUUCAACGACUUCGACCUGGAGGCGCCUUAUGAUGCGCUCACGGUGAAAGACGGCGAGACGGGUGACGCUGCUGUCGUCGGCAGGUUCUCUGGCGCCGAGAGCCCUUCCCACCUUACGUCCAAUACCAACACGCUAAGGCUGGAGUUCCAGGCCGACCACUCCAUGUCGGGGAGAGGCUUUAACAUCACCUACAGUACAUUCGGCCACAACGAGUGCCCCGAUCCUGGCAUUCCAAUCAACGCCCGUCGCUUCGGAGACAGCUUCCAGCUGGGUAGCUCCAUCUCUGUGGUGUGCGAAGAUGGCUUCAUCAAAACCCAAGGAAGCGAGACCAUCUCAUGCCAGCUGGAGAGAGGAAAGGUCAUGUGGAGUGGGCCCAUCCCCAAAUGUGAAGCACCGUGCGGUGGACACUAUUCCGCCCCCAAUGGAGUGAUUCUGUCCCCGGGGUGGCCUGGUUACUACAAGGAUUCACUCAGCUGCGAAUGGGUGAUUGAAUCAGAACCAGGGCGAUCCAUUAAAGUCACCUUUGACAAAUUCCAGACAGAACUGGGUUACGACUUCCUGGAGAUCCACGACGGCCCCAACCUCUUGUCGCCGCUGGUGGGCUCCUUCAAUGGCACACAGGUGCCUCAGUUCCUGUUUAGUAGCACCAACUUCCUCUACCUGCUCUUCACCACUGACAACAGCCGUUCCAAUGCCGGCUUCAAGAUACUAUACGAGAGCGUGACAGUGGACAGCUACUCCUGCCUAGACCCCGGGAUCCCCGUCAACGGGAUCCGUUACGGUCACGACUUCUCAAUCGGGUCCACUGUGUCAUUUGGCUGCGAUUCAGGCUAUAGGCUGAGUCAUGAGGAGCCACUGGUGUGUGAAAAGAACCACUGGUGGAGCCAUGCUUUACCCACUUGCGACGCUCUCUGUGGCGGCGACGUCCGAGGUCCUUGGGGCACCAUUUUGAGUCCCGGCUAUCCUGAUAGCUACCCCUCAUCGCUCAACUGCACCUGGACCGUGGAAGUCAGUCACGGAAAAGGCGUCCAGUUUCAGUUCAACUCAUUCCACCUGGAAGACCAGCACGACUACCUCCUGGUCACGGAAAACGGAAGUUUCAUGCAACCCCUGGCUCGCCUGACCGGCAACGAGUUGCCUAGCAACAUCAACGCUGGUCUCUAUGGCAACUUCAAAGCCCAAUUACGAUUCAUCUCCGACUUCUCCAUUUCCUACGAAGGGUUCAACAUAACAUUCACGGAAUACACGCUGGAGCCAUGCGAGGAUCCAGGAAUGCCGCGCUUCGGCCGGAGAAACGGUUACAGCUUCGGCAUCGGCGACACGCUGUCUUUCUCCUGUAAUAUGGGUUACCGCCUUGAGGGGGCGCCUGAACUUAUCUGCUUGGGUGGAGGCCGCAGGAUGUGGAGUGCGCCGCUGCCGAGAUGCGUCGCUGAGUGUGGUUCCUCUGUCAUGAACAACGAAGGCAUCCUACUCUCUCCAAACUAUCCGAUGAACUACGACAACAACCACGAGUGCAUCUACAGCAUCCAGGUUCAAGCCGGGAAAGGCAUCAACAUCUCUGCGCGGACGUUCCACCUCGCCCAGGGAGACAUACUCAAGAUUCACGACGGCAAAGACAACACAGCCCACGUCCUGGGAGCGUUCACGGGCACGUCCAUGCUGGGCUUGACGCUCAUCUCCACUUCUAACCACCUCUGGCUGGAGUUUUACAGCGACACGGAAGCCACGGGGGAAGGGUUCAAACUGGUCUACUCCAGUUUUGAGUUGUCUCACUGCGAGGACCCGGGCGUGCCACAGUUUGGCUUCAAGGUCAACGACCAAGGACAUUUCUCCGGCAGCAGCAUCACUUACCGAUGCGAGCCCGGUUACACACUACACGGGGCCACCACGCUCAAGUGCAUGACGGGCGAGAGAAGAGCCUGGGAUAACCCUCUUCCUUCCUGUAUCGCUGAGUGCGGUGGACGUUUCAAGGGUGAAACCACGGGAAGAAUCCUUUCUCCAGGAUACCCGUUUCCCUAUGAUAAUAACCUGCGAUGCACCUGGACAAUUGAGGUGGACUCUGGAAACAUUGUUAGCUUACAAUUCCUGGCGUUUGACACCGAAGCUAGCCACGACAUGCUGCGGGUUUGGGAUGGACCGCCCACCAAUGAAAUGUCUCUGGCGGAACUCAGCGGGUCACUGUUACCCGAAGGCAUUCACUCCACUCUCAACACUGUCACUGUUCAAUUCGAGACGGACUUUUACAUCAGCAAGUCAGGAUUUGCCAUCCAGUUUUCCAGCUCGGUAGCAACUGCCUGCAGGGACCCAGGGGUGCCGAUGAACGGCACCCGUAGCGGCGACGGCCGGGAACCGGGGGAUUCGGUGUCUUUUCAGUGCGACCCGGGAUACGAGCUCCAGGGAGACGACAAGAUAACCUGCAUACAAGUCGACAACAGAUACUACUGGCAGCCCAGCCCACCUGUCUGCAUUGCUCCCUGUGGAGGCAACCUGACCGGCUCCAGUGGCUUCAUUCUGUCCCCAAACUUUCCACAUCCCUACCCGCACUCCAAGGACUGUGACUGGCUCAUCGCCGUCAAUCCCGAUUAUGUUCUGUCGCUCGCUUUCAUCAGUUUCAACAUUGAGCCAAACUACGACUUCCUCUACAUCUACGACGGUCCGGACAGCAACAGCCCUCUGAUCGGCAGUUUCCAAGACAGCAAACUACCGGAGAGGAUCGAGAGCAGUUCCAAUACCAUGCACUUGGCUUUCCGUAGUGACGGAUCUGUGUCUUACGCUGGCUUUCACCUGGAAUACAAAGCCAAGUUGAGGGAGUCAUGUUUUGACCCGGGAGUAGUCCUAAAUGGAACCAGACUGGGAUCAGACUAUAAAUUGGGCUCUACUGUAACCUUCUACUGUGAGGCUGGAUACGUUCUACAGGGUUACUCUACUCUAACCUGCAGUAUGGGCGAUGAUGGCAGACCUGGAUGGAAUAGGGCAUUGCCAAGUUGUCAGGCUCCCUGUGGAAGUCGCUCCACAGGAUCAGAGGGAACCGUUUUGUCACCAAACUUCCCUCGAAACUACACAAGUGGACAAACCUGCGUCUACUCCAUAGCUGUGCCUCGAGAGUUUGUCCUCUUCGGUCAGUUUGUGCUCUUCCAAACAUCUCUAAACGACGUGGUGGAGAUCUACGAUGGGCCCACUCAGCAGAGCACGCUGCUGUCAUCUCUCUCCGGGUCCCACUCUGGAGAGUCGCUACCGCUCAGUUCGGGCAAUCAGAUCACCGUUAAGUUUACGACAGUGGGAUCGGAAACGGCAAAAGGCUUCCAUUUUGUCUACCAAGCUGUGCCGCGGACGAGCUCGACACAGUGCAGCUCAGUUCCGGAGCCGCGUUUUGGCCACCGUUUGGGUAAUGACUUUGCGGUGGGUUCAUUGGUCCAGUUCGAGUGCAACCCCGGCUACGUCUUGCAUGGCUCCACCGCCAUUCGCUGCGAGAGCGUUCCCGACAACUUGGCGCAGUGGAAUGACAGCCUGCCCACUUGUGUCGUUCCCUGCGGGGGUGUGCUGAGUUCCCGUCACGGCACCAUCUUGUCGCCCGGCUACCCGGAACCAUACGAUAACAACCAGAAUUGCGUGUGGAAGGUGUCGGUCCCAGAAGGCGCAGGAAUCCAGGUUCAGGUCGUGAGUUUUGCUACCGAGCACAACUGGGACUCUUUGGAUUUCUAUGAUGGAGCAGAUAACCAUGCACCGAGGUUGGGCAGCUACUCAGGCACUACCAUCCCCCCACUGCUCAACAGCACGUCCAACAACCUCUAUCUCAGCUUCAGCUCAGACAUCAGCGUCUCUGCCGCUGGCUUUCACUUGGAAUAUACAGCGAUUGGUCUGGAGUCCUGUCCUGAGCCCCAGACACCAAACUACGGAAUAAGACAAGGGGAUCGUUUUAUGGUGGGCGACGUGGUGCAAUUCUCCUGCGAACAAGGAUACUCACUUCAGGGGAACGCACACAUAACCUGCAUGCCAGGACCUGUUCGCAGAUGGAACUACCCAGUGCCUCUUUGCCUUGCUCAGUGCGGUGGGGCCCUGACGGAUGUAAGCGGUGUGAUUCUAAGCCCUGGUUACCCUGGCAACUACCCCAGCGGAUUAGACUGCACUUGGACCGUCAACUUACCUGUCGGCUUCGGCAUCCAUCUGCAAUUUGUCAAUUUCUCCACGGAAGCCAUCCAUGACUACCUGGAGAUCCGUAGCGGUAGCCUGGAGACAGGCUCGGUCAUCGACCGCUUUAGUGGGCCGCUGGUUCCUAAAGCUUUGUUCAGCACCACCCACCAGACCAGCUUCUUUUUCCACAGCGACUACUCGCAGAACAAGCCUGGCUUUCACAUUACUUUUCAGGCCUACCAACUCCAGAGUUGCCCGGACCCUCGACCAUUCCGUAACGGCAUCGUGAUCGGCACUGAUUUCAGCGUCGGGAUGACUGUGUCCUUCGAGUGCCUUCCGGGCUACUCCUUGAUCGGUGAUGCUUCUUUGACGUGUUUGCACGGGAUCAGCCGUAACUGGAACCACCCGCUGCCUCGGUGUGAAGCUCUUUGUGGAGGAAACAUCACCUCACUAAAUGGAACUAUUUACUCUCCCGGUCACCCUGAGGAAUAUCCAAACUUUCAGGAUUGUGUGUGGAGCGUGAGGGUCCCACCUGGACAUGGGAUCUACAUCAACUUCACAGUACUUAGCACGGAGCCCAUAUAUGACUACAUCACUGUAUGGGACGGUCCGGACCAAUCGUCUCCUCAGAUCGGUCAAUUCAGCGGCAACACGGCUCUGGAGUCUGUCUACUCCACCUCCAACAUUAUUCUCAUCAAAUUCCACUCUGACUUCUCCGGAGCUGGGUUCUUUGUUUUGAGCUACCACGCCUACCAAUUAAGGGUCUGCCAGCCCCCUCCGGAGGUGCCCAACGCUGACAUGCUGAUGGAGGAUGGCGAGUUGGAGAUAGGUGACAUCAUCAGGUACAGGUGCCAUCCUGGAUUUUCAUUGGUCGGCAGUGACAUUCUCACCUGCCGCCUGGGAGAGCGGCUUCAGAUGGAUUCACCGCCUCCGACGUGCCAAGUCCAAUGCCCCGCUCACGACGUGCGAUACGACUCGUCGGGUGUCAUCCUGAGCCCCGGUUGGCCUGAGAGCUAUCCUAACCUGCAGAUGUGCUCGUGGAGCAUCAGUGUAGAGAAGGGCUACAACGUCACCAUCACAUUUGAAAGCUUUCACACAGAGAGGGAGUUUGACGUGUUGGAAAUAUUUGAUGGUCCAUCCGCCAACGACCCAACGUUGGCCACGUUAAGCGGCGACCUUCCAACGCCGUUCAACAUCACCACCUCAGGACACCAGUUUCUGGUGCGAUGGUCAUCAGACCACGGCACCAACAAGAGGGGCUUCAGAAUUCGCUAUGUUGGUGAGUACCAAACCCUGUACUGCUCCACGCCGGAUUCGCCGCUGCAUGGCUCCAUCUCGUCGCAGACCGGCGGCCAUGUCAACAGCGUGGUGCGCUGGGCAUGCGACCGUGGCUAUCGCCUGGUCGGUAACGCCACGGCUACCUGUCGUCGCAUGCCGCUCGGCCAUCACGCGUGGGACUCGCCGGUACCUGCGUGCCAAGCUGUCUCAUGCGGAGCCCCCAAGGCGCCGACAAACGGCGGGGUUUUAACAGCCGACUACUCGGUGGGAACGCGAGUCUCCUACUUCUGCAAUGACGGCUACAGGCUAUCCAGCAAAGAGCUGACGUCUGCCAUCUGCCAGCCCGACGGGACGUGGAGCAACCACAACAAGAUACCGCGGUGCUCAGUGGUUGUGUGCCCAAGCAUCGGUUCCUUCUCCUUGGAACACGGCCGCUGGAGGAUUGUGAACGGCUCGCACUACGAGUAUAGGACUCGAAUUGUGUUCACCUGCGACCCGGGUUACUACCGCUUAGGACCUGCUCACAUCCAAUGCCUUCCUAAUGGUGUGUGGAGCUGGAAGAAUGAGAGGCCGCAUUGUCAAAUCAUCUCCUGCGGCGAGUUACCGUCUCCGCCCAGCGGCAAGAAAAUUGGCACUCAGACGACCUUCGGGGCGACGGCCAUCUUCGCCUGUGACGCCGGCUUCAUGCUGGUGGGCUCAGCCGUCAGGGAGUGCCUGUCAUCCGGGCUGUGGAGCGGAACAGAGUCGCGCUGUUUCGCUGGUCACUGCGGCAUCCCAGAGGGCAUCAUCAAUGGCCAAGUGAUCGGAGAGAACUUCGGUUACCGUGACACAGUGGUGUACCAGUGCCUUCCCGGCUUCCGGCUGAUAGGCUCAUCGGUCCGGAUCUGUCUCCAGGACAACCAGUGGUCGGGGCAGCUUCCCAUCUGCAUACCCAUCAGUUGCGGCCACCCGGGCAGCCCAAUUUACGGCCGUACGGUGGGGAACGGCUUCAACCUAAAUGACGUGGUCAGCUUUGUGUGCAACCGGGGCUACGAGAUGGAGGGGCCGGCCCGUGCCCACUGCCAGGCCAACCGCCAGUGGAGCCACCCGCCCCCGACGUGUAAAGUGGUCAACUGCUCGGAUCCGGGCAUCCCAGCCAACUCCAUCCGCCAAAGCAAAAUCGAGCACGGCAACUUUACCUUUGGCACAGUGGUGUUCUACGACUGUAACCCGGGCUACUAUCUGUUUGGGUCGCCGGUGCUGAGCUGUCAGCCCACAGGGCAGUGGGACAAGCCGCUGCCUGAAUGUAUUGUUGUGGACUGCGGCCACCCCGGCUCGCCUCCGAACGGCGUGCUGAGCGGAGAUAAGUUUACGUUCGGUUCGACGGUACGAUACUCUUGCCUGGGGGGCCGGCAGCUUAAGGGGGAAUCGUCCAGGAUGUGUCAGCUCAACGGGAUGUGGAGCGCCCCUAUGCCCUUCUGCUCUGGUGACACGGCAGGUUCCUGCGGCGAUCCUGGCAUCCCAUCACACGGAUCAAGGGAGCAGACGGAUUUCCGCAUUCGCUCCAAGGUGCUCUUCAGCUGUACCGAGGGUUACGAACUGAUCGGUUCGGCUGAAAGGAUGUGCUUCCCCAAUGGGACGUGGUCUGGCACGCAGCCCUUCUGUAAACCUGUCCAGUGCGGUAAUCCCGGUACUCCCAGCAAUGGAAGAGUAUUCCGUCUGGACGGAACCACAUUCUCACACUCAGUCAUCUACUCCUGCAUGGAUGGCUACCUGCUUUUCGGCACCACCACCAGACUGUGUCAGGCCAAUGGGACCUGGUCGGGAGCACAGCCCAACUGUACUAUGAUAAACUGCGGCGAUCCGGGAGUUCCGGCCAAUGGCCUCCGUUACGGCGAAGAUUUCACCAUCGGCCAGAACGUGACCUUCCAGUGUCAACCCGGUUAUAGGAUGGAGGAGGACGGUUCGCCUGUUAGGAUGUGCACUCAAAAUGGCACGUGGAGUGGGAACAUGCCCAUAUGUGCAGCGGUGACGUGCCCGACUCCCCCUGCUGUUAGCAACGGGGUGUUGCAAGGAAGCGACUUCGAGUGGGGCAGCAGCGUUAGCUACAGCUGCUCUCCGGGCUAUGAGCUCUCCUUCCCGGCCGUGCUCACCUGCGUGGCCAACGGCAGCUGGAGCGGGAUGCUGCCGCAAUGCUUACCCAAGUUUUGCGGCGAUCCCGGCACACUGGUGGGCGGUUCUCGAGAGGGGCGGAGUUUUAUCUACCAAUCGGAAGUGACCUUCUCCUGUGCCCCGCCUCUAAUUCUGGUUGGCACGGCGACCAGGCUCUGCCAAAGUGAAGGAAGCUGGAGCGGCACCCAACCACGCUGUAUAGAGCCUACCAGGACGAGUUGCGACAACCCAGGAACGCCAAGAUACGGAUCCCUGAACCGCACCUUUGGGUUUAAGGUGGGCAGUGUCGUGUCCUUCCAGUGCCAGCCUGGUCAUCUGAUCCAAGGCUCCUCCUCCAGGACUUGCCAGCCAGACCUGAGAUGGAGCGGGACGCAACCGGAGUGUAUACCUCACGCUUGCAAGCAACCCGAGAGCGUGCUCCACGUGGACGUAGUGGGCAUGGACCUGGUGGGCUUUGGCUACACACUGGUUUAUAGCUGCCAGCCCGGCUACUUCCUGGCCGGAGGGUCCGAGCACAGGGUCUGCAAGAGUGACGGCACCUGGACUGGAAAAAUGCCCAUAUGUCGCGCUGGAGAAAAAAAGAAAGCCGCUAAACCAGCAAUGGGAACUCCGAGCCCCAAACUGAACGUUCCUGAUGAUGUAUUCGCCCCCAACUAUAUCUGGAAAGGCUCGUACAAUUACAGGGGCAGGAAGCAGCCCAUGACACUAAGCAUCACCAGCUUUAACGCCAGCACGGGCCGAGUCAACGUCACUCUGAACAACGGCAACAUGGAGCUGCUGCUAUCAGGUCUUUAUAAGACUUCUGAAGCACGUCUGCUGUUGCUGAUGUACCACGUCAACUACGUGCAGCAGGGAAAUCAACUCAAAGACUCUACUAUCUCUCCCGCCAAAAUCAUCGAAGACUCGUGGACCAUGGAUGGAUUUGUUUCGGCCGAACCUGAUGGUUCCAGUUACGUGUUCCAGGGUUUCAUUCAGGGAAAAGACUAUGGACAGUUUGGACUCCAGCGACUUGGUCUCAACAUGUCGGAGAGUCAGAAUUCGCAUCCACCUCAGCUGGGCACCAACAGCAGCUCGGUGGCCAUUGCAAUCCUGGUGCCUUUCUUCGCGCUCAUCUUUACAGGCUUCGGCUUUUAUCUCUACAAACAAAGGACCACACCCAAGACCCAGUACACGGGCUGCUCGGUCCACGAGAACAACAACGGGCAGGCCGCCUUCGAGAACCCCAUGUACAACACCAACGCCAAAGCGGUGGAGGGGAAGGCGGUCCGCUUCGAUCCGAAUCUCAACACGGUCUGCACUAUGGUCUGAGGAUCCACGACAGACAGGAACCGGAAGAGUAAACACUUCCCGGCAUUCAGACUGGCCUUAGCUGCCCAGUCUGGAAUCUCUGAUUGCAGAGAGUAGCAAAAGUUUUUAUAACACAGGGAGAAAAAAAAACUCAUAAAUAAAAGAAGGGAUGAGGGCAGCCCUGGAGACGUCGUCCUUAAUCCUGAGUGAACGGCUGAUUAAAGUCAAAAGGGAGCCCUGGCCCCAGUGGAGCAGAUGAGAGGAGGAGGAAGGCUGACUUACCGAAUGCUUAAACCGCUCCUUUCCCAUUCCGGUGGACGGAAAGGCUGAGGAGAUGCAGACAACCCCAAACUGAACUGGAAGUCGAUUAAGCGAAUCGUCUAGGGAGAAGCUUCAAAUCCCCUCGCAGCUAAUCAGAGCAAACCUGAAAGUCGGAGCUGUUUUCAGAAUAGCGGAUGUUCCUGAUUCAGUGAAUUCCAAAAGACUCCGAUGCGAGGUGGACUGACAAAAAGAGCGAGAGACCUACAUCCUGCCUCUGGCACUAAAGCACAUCGGACGGAAAAUGCUUCCUGUCUGUACCAGAGAACCGGAAGAACGGGACACUUUAUCGGGAUCGGCCUAGACAGCAACCGCGGUUGGCUUGAAAGACCAACGCUGUCGGAACUUAACCAGAAGCAGGGUUUGCCACCCCGCAAAUGUGGACCGCCGCCACGGUUCCACUAUAAUCCUGCACUCUGCGAGUGCUUUCUCCUUUAUUUGUUACUAUUUGCAGAAUCUUCUGAUUUGUAAAUCUAUUGCGAAUAUAUAUAAAAAUAUAUAUUCGGGAGUGGUCACACUUAUAUUUUUGUGCUAUAUAUUUGCCAUGAGAGCGAGGCCAAGACAGAUCACAGCAGCGGAAUUUAAAAUAUGGGUUUUCCGAAAAACACAUUUGUUUUUUAAAUGCAUUAAUUUUCCUUCGUAGAAUGUGAAAUCGCACAUGUUUAUCGCUUUGUGGUCGUGGAAAUGAAAGGUUCUGUGAUAUUUGAUGCAAAAGAGUUACAUUUGCGGUGGAUUAUAGAUACACGAACACCUUUUACGCAGGCCUUCGAAGCUAAUUUGUGCCCCAAAAAAGCCUAUAUUGAGCAAAUUUAUCAUGAACAAUUGGAUGCCUGGUGGAUUACAGUGCGAUUUUCUCCGACCGUGCAUUUCAAGAAAUACAAGCCUUAUUAUUUCUGUCUGAUGUUCCUGGUUCAGUUGCGGUUAUUUCCCGUCAAACAUACACUCGGCAGGUUGAGGAAACCACGCGUAACAGUCUCAGUUCCUCCUAAUUGUCUUAACAAUUGCCACAAGCAGGGGUCCCGUUAAGCGAAUAUUUUCCGUCGUUGACCGUUUUUUUUUAAAACAGUGACAGAAAAAACUGAAGUCCGUUCGUCAUUUUGACAGGUUGCAAUUCACACCCAGACCACAGGGUGGCGAGUGAGCAUAUUAAUUAGCUAUUCUCUCUCUUAAUGCAUGACGUCGUUGGCUAUUCUGUCAGAAUAUUGUAGCGUCACCGGGGUCUGGCGGCGGCACCGUGAUUGACACAUCAACGCGAGGUUCUUAUUGGUGCACCCGGUGUGCCAGCGCGUCAUCCAAUUGGUGGACUAGAUUGCCGCCUGUGUAUAGACCCCAAUCACAUGACGUCACAACUCCGCCCCCCUGACUGGAGCCGCCAUAUUGUGUGUCAGCUCGUCGUGUUUACACAUUACCUCUACGUACAUGCCUCCUAUUACGGCGUGUUUUUCUGCUCGUUAACAUUAAUAAUCAAAAUGGUGAAGGCGUGUGUGGCGGUUGGUUGCAGUAACAGAGAAGAUAGACGGAGAGACUUGAAGUUCUACCGUAUUCUGAGAGACCCGAAGAGGAGAGCGAGAUGGACUGCAGUAAUUUGACAAGAAAUCUGGGCACCAAACGAUCACCACAGACUAUGUAGUAGUCAUUUUAUAUCUGGUAAGAUGCAUUUAAUAUAUAUUUAGAAGAUUUUGGGCUGACAACCACAAUUAAGAUCAUUGUGUGACGUUGGUGAUUGGGGUCUAUAUAGUUGCCUCUUUUUCUUUGGGGGCGGUGUUGUUGUUUUGUUGGUGGUGUUGUCGGUAAGCAGAGUAAAAAGAGGGAGAAAAAUACCACGACUUCCGUGUCUAAUUUUUCACCGCCAAGCAAGCGUUACAAUAUUAAUUCAAAAUGAAUGAAAACUAAAUACUAUUGAAUAUGUCAUCAUUAUCAUUUUAAAAAUUUAAGUGACGGGUAAAAAUAGAUUAUGACCGGAUUUUUAUGACCCUGUCAGUCAAAAUGACAGACAACGAAAAUGUCUAGCGCAACCUCUGGCCACAAGUCCUACUUGUUUGGGAAAAUUGGUCCGUAAACACAAUGUUUUUUUAGCCUGUCAUCAGUGCUGUAGUUUGUAUUUUUUUUUCUUUAAAAUGUUGCCAAAACGACCUGGACAAGUGAUGUUUACAGUUGAUUUCAAUCACCCUCAUUUGGGCAGUCUUUGAGUGAUUGUUGUCGUGUCUAUGUUGUUGUUGUUGUUGUCAUGGUUUUGGUUGUUUUCACAAUGAAUAUGACACAGUGCCUACCCCCAAAAAAAAUUUUUAAAAAAACAAAAAAUUGGGAGGGAACCCAAAACACACACCUCUCCCACAUUCAAUGGCAUUUUUCUUCCCCCAAGCCACAAGCUUUUCCUAGUGACUGCAAACAAGAUUGAACGGAAGACUCAAGUACGCCCCUUCUUCGCCUCCCCCGACAGACACUGGAAAUAUUCCUUGUUGUUAAUAAGAAAAGAAAAAGAAACUACAGAAAAUACAUAACUAAAAACAAGUGUUUUGUACAGAAAUAUAUUUUUAUGAUGAGAUUAUUUGUAAAAUGUAAUGAAUCUAUUAUGUAAAUUUUCAAUGCAAUGUAAGAUUAAAA